AUGAAUAGAAUACAUACUUGUAGACGAGCUUUUGAAUGCUGCCGAAAAGUGAAACAUUUCUGUCAAAAUCUUAAUUUAUUUCCAUCUGUGCCACUUUCAACUGAUGAACAUGAACUUAAAAAUCAAAAAAUAUCAACAAGAUUAUACAUUUUUUUGUUCACCUUAUCAUUAACAAUUCUUCUCUUAUAUACAUCAUUAGCCGACAUUACAAAAACUAUCAAUGUUCCAACGCCUACUCUCACAAAGUAUGAACAAUUAUAUUCAAAAUAUUCACAAACUCUUACAUGUCCAUGUAAACAUAUAUCAAUCAACUAUGAAAGAUUUCUUUCUAUUGAAUAUACACUUCAUCAAGCAUGCUCUAGUAUUUUUAUUAAGAAUGAAUGGAUUUCACAUAAUGAUGUGAUUCUUCACUAUUUAUAUACUAACAACGAUCCUCGAAUAGUAGUUUCAUAUGCACUUCAAGCUUUAGGUGCAUUUUGUGAAUUAAUUAAAAGCACAAUUAAUAAUAGUCUGAUUCAAUUUAAUUCACAACAAUAUAUUACUGCAUCUGUCGCACCAUCAGAAUUAUUUCAGUCACAAGCUCAAUCAUUUAUUGAUCAGUUUAAAUUAUCAACAACAAAUAAUUUUUUAUUAUCACUCAAUAUGAUCAGAAAGACAACUCAAGGAAACGCUUUUCUCUCUGGACAAUUAACAAAUUACUACUUAACGUUAAUAAAUGGCAGUGUAUCAUCAACUUCGAUAAGUUAUUCUAAUUGUAAUUGUCAUCUGUCAAAUACAUGUGUGAAUCAACUUUCCUUUUAUAAGAAUAAUUCUGGCAACGUGACAUUAUUCGAUGUACCAGGUUUUUACAUAGGAUGCUAUGUAAUUGAAGCAUUACUUCAAUCUACUCUUCAGUGCUUUUAUGACAAAACCUGUAUAGAUCAUUUGCAAGUUUACUUAACAACUGCUUCGCCAAUGAAUGUAACAGCUCUUGAUUCAUCUUUACCAAGUCAAUAUUCUGAAGAUUCAACAAUUAAAAAUCUUCUUAAUAGUUUAAUGAUUGAAGAAUGGAAUUUAACACAAUUGUACGAUCAAUAUUAUGAUGAAUGUCAACCUAUAGAAUGCACUUAUACUGUUAAGACAAGAAAUAACGUAAUUUACAUUGUUACUACAGUGUUUGGUAUUAUUGGUGGUCUUAUAACAGUUUUAAAACUUGUUGUGCCACGAGUUGUCAAGUUCAUAAGAAAAAAGAGAAAUCAAUUAUCACUAGCAAACGUUGUUCCAACUGUGCCACCUUCAGCUGAUGAACAUAAACUUAAAAAUCAAAAAAUAUCAACAAGACUAAACGUUUUAUUGCUCAUCCUAUCAACAACAAUUCUUCUCUUAUAUACAUUCUUAACCAAUGUUACAAUGACUAUCAAUGUUCCAACACCUACUCUCACAAAAUAUGAACAAUUAUAUUCUAAGUAUUCACAAACUCUUACAUGCCCGUGUAAACAUAUAUCAAUCAACUAUGAAAAAUUUCUUCAUAUUGAAUAUUCACUUCAUCAAGUGUGCACCAGUAUUUUUAUUACCGACGAAUGGAUUUCAUAUCUUGUGAUAUCUAAUAAAACUACAUCCGCUAACAUUAACUUUCGACGGACAGGUUCAAAUGCAUUUCAAGCUUUACGUGCAUUUUGUGAAUUAGUUGAAAAUACAAUUGAUAAUAGUUUGAUUCAAUUUAAUUCAAGUCAAUAUAUUACUGCAUCUGUUGCAUCACCAGAACUAUUUCAGUCACAAGCUCAAUCAUUCAUUAAUCAAUUUAUAUCAUCAACAACAAAUACUUUUGUGUUAUCUCUCAAUACCAUCCGAAACGCAACUCACGGAGAUAGUUUAGUCUCUGGCUUAUUGACAAAUUUCGUAAUAACCGUAGGUACAUCCAUAUCUAAUGAAGCUAUUGUUCUCAGCAGUCCAGUAGGUUACUCUACCUGUAGUUGUGUUCUAUCAAGUAGAUGCAUCGCACAAUCUUCCAUUUUGAGUAGUCUAGUUAACAUGGGAUAUUUUUAUAUACCAGGUUUCUAUACGGGAUGCUAUGUAAUUGAAGCAUUACUUCAAUCUACUCUCGAAUGCUUCUAUGACCAAAAUUGUAUAGAUCAAUUACAAUUUUAUUUAUCAUCUGUUUCGCCAAUGAAUGUAACAGCUCUUAACUUAUCUUUACCAAGCCAAUAUUCUGAAGAUUCAACAAUUGAAAAUCUUCUUAAUAAUCUAAUGGUCGAAGAAUGGAGUUCAACACAAUUUUACGAUCGAUAUUAUGAUGAAUGUCAACCUAUAGAAUGUACUUAUACUAUUAAAACAAGAAAUAACGUCAUUUACAUUACCACCACAAUGUUUGGUAUUAUUGGUGGUCUUAUAACAAUUCUAAGUUGCAUUGUACCACAAGUAGUCAAAGUUUUCAAUGUAACAGGUUUCUAUGUGGGAUGUUAUACGACUGAAGCAUUGCUUCGAUCUACUCUCGAAUGCUUUUAUAAUCAAACCUGUAUAGAUCAAUUACAAGUUUAUUUGACACCACCUGUUCUAAAAAAUGUGACUGCUCUUGAUUCAUCGUUACCAAGUCAAUAUUUUGAAGAUUCAACAAUUGAAUAUCUUCUUAAUAAUUUAAUGAUUGAAGAAUGGAAUUCAACACAAAUGUAUGAUCGAUAUUAUGACGAAUGUCAACCUAUAGAAUGUACUUAUACUAUUAAAACAAGAAAUAAUAUACUUUAUGUUAUCACCAUAUUAAUUGGUUUAAUUGGUGGAUUGACAACGGUUUCAAAAAUUUUCGUACCAAUAUUAGUUAAAAUCAUCGUAUAUUGCAUUCGAAAAUGGAGAAACAGGAUUGUUCCACAGAUAUCAGUUAUUGAAACAUGA